AAGCUGCAGAUCUGAGGCAAAGGAAGAAUCCAAGCUGUACUGAAGUUGAAGAAAAAGCUCUCAAAGAAAACGACGAAAAAGGGAAAAAAUCCAAAAGAUCUCUAAGAUAUGUCUUAAUUCCACGUUUUACAAAGCUUUUCUUUGGCUGUGUUACAGCAGUCAUAAGUGGAAUGAUGUAUGCCAUAUACCUUUCAACAUACCACGAACGCAAAUUCUGGUUCUCUGGUAGACCGGAACUUGAACGAGAGAUCACAUUUCAGGGUGACAGUGCCAUUUACUAUUCAUUUUACAAAGAAUUGUUAAAAGCCUCCUCUUUUAAAAAAGGCAUUUAUCAGCUUAUUCACGACAACAGGACACUGUCACUGAAGACAAUGAAUACUGUACGACAGAUGACUUUGUAUCCAGAAUUGAUCGCCAGCAUUUUAUAUCAGGCAUCCGGCAGUGAAGAAGUUAUUGAGCCAGUCUAUUUUUACAUUGGCAUAGUAUUUGGGCUACAGGGGAUCUACGUGACUGCAUUGUUCGUAACCAGCUGGCUUAUGAGUGGGACUUGGCUAGCGGGAAUGCUGACUGUUGCCUGGUUCAUUAUUAAUAGAGCAGACACAACAAGAAUAGAUUAUUCAAUUCCUUCUAGGGAGAACUGGGCUCUGCCAUAUUUUGCUUGUCAAGUUGCAGCUCUAACGGGCUAUUUAAAGAAUAAUAUAAACUCUUCUGCUGAGAGAUUUUGCUACCUGCUGGUCAGUGCUUCAACGUACACUUUUAUGAUGAUGUGGGAAUACAGUCAUUAUCUACUGUUUAUCCAAGCGGUCUCUCUUUUCCUGCUCGAUGUCAUAGGGUUCACGCAGACAGAGAAGGUGCAUGAAAUAUAUAAAAUCUACCUGUUUUCCCUCUUCCUGGGAUACAUGUUACAAUUUGAGAAUCCAGCUUUAUUAGUAUCUCCAUUAUUAAGCCUUGCUGCAACAGCCUUGCUGGCAAAAUACCUUCAGAUGAAUAUGAAAAAAGGAACCCUUCUUUCAAGGAUGCUGAAAGUCAUUUAUUUUUAUUUGGUAUUCACAGUAACAGUGACUUUGAAUCUUACAAUGAAGACUUUUAUUUCUCAUAAAGAAAACGAGCAUUUAAUGAAAGUCCUUGAAGUAAAAUUGGGAUUAAAUACAAAUAAGAACUUCACAGUUAAUUGGCUGCUUUGUCAAGAGUCCCUUCAGACACCAUCCCAAGACUUCUUCCUGCGGCUCACUCAUUCUUCGCUGUUGCCAUUCUAUAUUUUAGUGCUAAUUAUUUGCCUUGCUUCUGUGGGUCAGGCCUUCUUUAGGAGAAUGGGCAAUAAACAACUCAACGAGUCCACCACACACGAGGGCAGGAUUGGUGAAAGGCCAGAAGUAGCGUACCAUAUAUUGCACACAGUUUCCUUGGGGUUGCUUUCUAUGAUGAUGGAAGGAAUGAAAUAUGUGUGGACUCCGUAUGUUUGCAUGAUUGCAGCAUUUGGAGUCUGUUCUCCUGAGCUUUGGAUGACUCUUUUCAAGUGGAUCCGACUGAAAACUGUACAUCCUGUUCUGUUGGCUCUCAUUCUGAGUAUGGCUGUUCCAGCUAUUAUAGGCUUUAGUUUGUGGAAAGAGUUUUUUCCUAGGAUAAUGGCAGAACUCUCAGAGCUCCAAGAAUUUUAUGACCCUGAUACAGUAGGACUCAUGACCUGGAUUAAAAGACAGGCUCCUAUUGCUGCUGUGUUUGCUGGAAGUCCACAGUUAAUGGGUGUGAUCAAACUGUGUACUGGAUGGAUGGUGACAAAUCUACCCUUGUAUAAUGAUGAUGACCUGCAAAAGAGGAAUGAGAAUAUUUUUCAGAUCUAUUCCAAAAGAUCAGCUGAAGAUAUCUACAAGAUACUCACAUCCUACAAAGCUACAUAUCUGGUUAUAGAGGAUUCAAUUUGCAAUGAAGUUGGACCAGUGAGAGGAUGCAGGGUUAAAGACUUAUUGGAUAUUGCCAAUGGCCAUGUUUAUUAUGAAGAAAAUGACAGCUCUGGCUACUCAAAAUAUGGGCGGUUUUGUCAGGAGAUCAAAAUGAACUAUUCUCCAUAUGUGAAUUACUUCACACGAGUAUACUGGAAUAGGUCUUACUUGGUAUAUAAAAUCAAUUCUGUAAUAUCUUUCCAAUCCUGAGAAAUGUGCAGCUUCUCUUUUGAAGAUGGACUCUGCAGAAUUUUUAAAAAGGCUAAGGUUACCAACAAACCCUUUUUCUAUUGCAUAUACAUUGCAGACAUACACAAAGGCACAUCACUGACUACAUGCAAAUUGCUUAGUGUAUCCUGCAUGAAUAUUGCAGACUAACUCUGACACAGCAAGAGGGGAGAGAAAUGUGCUCCAGGACUAUAAAAACAGAGGAUCCAACUGUCUUCCAAGAAUUAAAAUGCAUCUUUCCAGCUUUUCAGCUUUAAUAACCUCAUUUUUGACAUCAAUUUGGUUUCCUAGUUUCAGUUUCAUAGCAAUUACUCUUUUCAGCUAUAUUUGUUUAUGUUGGCAAAUACAAAAAAAAAAAAGAGAAUUUGCUGGACAUUAUUCUCCAGUUAUGUACAUAUAUCUGGGUUUGGAAGUGGGGUGGAUAGGGAACGUUCUGCCAUUUUCAUAGUUUGGAAAUCCCGCCAUAUUCCUGAAAUUUGUUACAGUGGGAAAAGUGGGGAGUCAAGAGGUUGAUGACGAUAGAGAUGGACUGAGGAGUAAGGCUGUGCAGGAUAAGUCCUUGGCUGAGAAUGACUUCUUAAUUGUGGCU